AUGGAUGAAAUAUAUGAUAGUGACGACAGUUGUUCAUUUUCUCCUACAAUUAACAAUGAUCAUAAUCAAAUACAAAAGAAUGAUCGAAAGAAAAAUGAUUUGUUAUGGCGAUUAACAACACAGCCAUCAUCAUCUUCAACAAUAACAACACUGGCUACAACUUGUGCCGCAGCAACAAUAGCAAUAUCACAUUCAUUAACACGCUUAAAUCAUAAUCUACACUAUUCAAAUUCACAUUCUAGAAAUGGGUCAAGACACCAUUAUCACCAGUCACAUCACCAUCAUCAAAGAAAUGCUCGCCUAAGUAUUAAUGCUAGAGAAAGACGACGAAUGCAUGAUUUAAAUGAUGCUUUAGAUGAUUUACGCAGUGUUAUCCCCUAUGCUCAUAGUCCAUCUGUAAGGAAAUUAUCUAAAAUUGCUACAUUAUUACUGGCAAAAAAUUAUAUUCUUAUGCAAGCAAAUGCUAUUGAUGAAUUAUACAAAUUAAUUAUGUAUCUUAAUUCACAAAUCCAAAAACCAGAUUCAUCACUACUGAACAAUGAUUAUAAAAGUAUUACAUCAGGUAUGAUGAAUGCUACUUGUCACAGUCAUGGUGGGGAUAGUAGCAAUAAUAGUGAUAAUAGCAACAAUCAUAAUAAGCAAUUUACAGUUGAUGUUGUCUCCACGUCUCAUUCUACUCAUCUACCUCACUGUUCAGUGACUUACUUAUCGAAAGAGAUGAACAGUUAG